UAUCUUCCAGGGUUGCGAAGUAUUUUUAAAAGAUUCAAGUACGAUUCAGUACACUCUACUAGCCGGGAGUUAUUAGACAGCCAACUCAGGACUGCGCUGCGCUCCGGCGCGCCACCAAAACUCGUGCACAGUCUGCUGUUACGAGGUGCGAACGUUAAUGGUGUCGACUCGUUAGAUUACAGUCCUCUUCUCUUGGCAUUGACAACUUCAAGAGCAGAAAAUAUGUUGGACAUUGUUGAACUUCUAUGCGAGUUUGGAGCUAAUGUGAAUUACAGUAGCGGCGUUUUCUUUGGUGAAACUCCUCUUCAUUUUGCUGCAAUGCACAACAAUUAUGCUCUCAUAGAGCUACUGGUUCGCUUUAACGCAAAUGCUCACGCGCGAAAUUUCGCGGGAUACACACCUUUACACUUUGCAGCACAGAACGGCAACGAAGCCAGUGCAAAGGCGCUAUUUCUCUGUGGAGCAGAUUUGAAUGCUAGAGAAAGUUACUGUGGGUACACUCCUCUGCACUUGGCUGUGAUUGGUCAAUUUGAACACGCUGUCAAGGCGAUGGUGUCCUUUGGAGCGAAAAUUAACCAAUCGGAUUAUUGUGGCCUGACUGCGAUUGACAGGUGUAAAUCAAGCGCGAUCCAGGAAUUCUUGUUGGCUACCAAAUGUACGACAAUGUUAAGUCUUGAACCGGAGUGUCUUUCUGUUAUAAGAGAAAGAAUAAGGAAAUACUCAGGAAUACGUGGCUUUGACAGGUUACCACUUCCUAUUACCCUGCAAAGGAAACUCAAACUGGAGAGUGGCCCGAACGAACUGUAAAAUUCCUUUACCCUCUUAAAUUUACCCUUAGCGAAUAUUUCCACGUACCUCAUAGGUUACAUGUGUCUUUUAUGAAUUAGCCAUGAUGUUUCCAAUUUUUACCCGACGAAAGCUUAGUGAUAGAAUAUUUCACUUUUUAAUUGUGACAUCAUGUUACUUUUGAUAUUAUUGGAUAUCAAAUAGUCUAUUCUUAUUGCGGUAUCGAUUCAAAGAUAUUAUUUUUUAA